AUGAGAUGUUAAAACUUCCUUUCUUGCAGGAAAGAGAGCAUGUGUAGGGUAUUCUGAUGGCACUCUAAAACUCCUAGAUCUCAAAGCUGGAAGCAUUGUAAAAUCUAUGUCAUCAGAUGAAGCUGGCACCAUAUCAGAUAUAGCUGCCCAUCAUGAUAAUAAUCUGAUCCUUGCUGGUAUUAAUGGCAAAGCAUUUGUUGCUAGUUGUAACCAAGGAAAAGUGCUGUCAACUUUACAUACCCAAGUUCCAGGUGGCACGGAGGAGCAGAAUGUUGAAGCUGUAGCAAUUAGUCCUGAUGCUUCUCUUCCAUUAGCUGCAUAUGGUACUCUUGAAGGCUACCUUUUCAUCUGGGACCUUGCACAUCAGGCUCAGAGGCACAUAGUGCACCAACAAGGUGCUAUAACUAAGAUAAUGUGGGAUCAGGAGCGACCAUCAGUGUAUACAUCUGGCACUGAUGGAGUUUUACGUCAUUUUGAUGUGAGGUCUGGAGUCCUUGUUCAGGAAUGGCUUGGUCAUCGAGCAGAUAUUUUAGAUUUUUCGCGUUCAAGAGAUGGCCGCUAUCUUCUUACUGCGUCAGAUGACAAAACUUCCAGAAUAUUUAAACUUGACUAAAAUAAAAUUGUAGUCU